UUCUUCUUGCGGAACUGUCGCCACCGACAGCCGAAAAGAACGCACGUAAACUGUAUUUUACUAUAAUUAAAGUAAACGCGGUGUAUCAUCAUAUAUUUUCGUUAGAGUAUUUAUAUCCAUCAUACGGAAGUCCUCCAGCACAAACGCCACUGAAGCAACAUUUUAUUAUAUAUAAUACUCACGGUUUCACCGUCGAUAUUCAAAAUGUUCCACAAAAUAUCCAUUAACCAUCUGAAAUUGUUUUUCACUACCAGUGUCAUGUCGUUUCAACAGUUCAUUAUUGGUGGAGUAUUUGGUUUUUCUGCCGUCAUACUACCACAACUUGAACUACCUAAUGCUCUCGUCAAAGUUGACGGUGACCAAGCGUCCUGGAUAGCAAGUUUUCCGCUCCUGUUAUGCCCCAUUGGUUCGCUGGUGUUCGGCUAUUUAUCCGACAGAUUCGGCCGGAAGCUGGCGCUACAGCUCACGUACGUACCUCUGAUCAUCAGCUGGUCGCUGCUCAGCAAUGCCGAGUGCUUGAAAGACAUUUACAUCGGCAGAAUGUUAACCGGACUGGCUACCGGCACCGGCGGCGUGAUUUACGUGUACAUCGCCGAGACGAGCCCGACGGACAGCCGGCCGUUCUUCCUGUUGAUCUACACGCUGUUCGUGGGCCUGGGCCUGAUGACGUCCGCGGUCCUUGGCGCGCUGUUCCACUGGCGCACGGUGGCCGCCGUGUACGCCGUGAUGUGCGCCGUCGGUUUCGUCGCGCCGUUCUUCGUGCCGUCCACGCCCAUGUGGCUGCGGGCCCGCGGCCGGGACGCGGAGGCCCGCAAGGUGGAACAGUGGUUCGGGUUCGAGCCGGACCGCAUCGACGACCUGCCCACGCUGCCGCCGCCGCCGUGCGCGGCCGCGGCCAUGGCCACGCUGAGCCGGGCCGACUCGACGGUGGGCGCCGUAGUGGAGGCGAACAAGGGCUGCUGGGCCACGUACACCGGGCCCACCGUCUGGAAGCCCGCGCUCGCCGCCCUGGCGUUCUUCUGCUGCCAACAGGCGUCCGGGUUCUACGUGCUGUUGUUCUACUCGGUGGACGUGAUGCGCGACUGCCGCGUGGCCGUCGACGGCAUGACCGCGGCCGUGUACCUGUGCGCCGCCCGGCUGGCCGGCACCGUCGUCAGCCUCGUGUUCCAGUCCGCGCCCAAGCGCAGGCUGACCGCCGUCUCGGGGCUGGGCAUGUGCGCGUCCAUGUCCGCCGUGGUCGGUUACCUGUACGCGUACGGCGACGCGGCCGACCCGCCGCCGGGCGCCGACCUGCUGAUCGUGCCGUUCCUGUCGUACGUGUUCUUCGCCAUGUUCGCCGUGCUGCCGCUGCCGUGGAGCGUGUGCGGCGAGAUGUUCCCGAUGGCCGUCAAGGGCACCAUGAACGGCGUCCUGUACUCGUGCGGUUACGAGCUCAUGUUCGCCGCCAUCAAGGUGUACCCGAUGCUGGUGUCCACUUUCGGCAUCCGGGCCGUGUGGACGGGUUGCACCGUCGCGUGCUUCGUCACCUCGCUGUUCGGCGCGUUCGUCCUGCCCGAGACCACCGGCAUGACGCUCAACGAGAUCGUCGACGGGUUCAGACCGUCCGGCGACAGAGCGCGCCGCGUCAAAAACGUCCCCGCCGUCAAGCCUCAAAUACCGUAAAAACCCGACCGGCCCGUUCCACAUCUGCACCGCCGCGGCCGAGGUCUUAAAGUAUUAUUCACCGUCGUCGUCGUCGUCGUCUUCGUCAGCUGCAGCAGUCGCGGUGUCUCGUCCAAAAAAGUUCGGACCAACUAUGGCGGUAGAUCGUGGUCAGUGAACGAUACCGCGCGAUUUCAAAGGCCACAAUCGUAUAAUACUAUGUGCAAAGGACACGACACAGACGACGUAGCUGUAAAUCCGACUUCGACAUGUACCUAUAUAUUCAUACUAUCACACUGCCUAUUGUAAAUAUUUAAAAAAAUCAUGUUUUACCCGAGCCGUGGUAUACGAACGCGGUGAUUGACUACAAUACCGCGGUAAGACUGCAUGUAUACCAUAGCGUAACAAAAGCAAAGCCUAUAAGUCACGGUCGAUUUAAAUAAUUACCUAUCACUGUUCCGCGUGUGUUCCAUAUUUGGUAUAUUCCUCAUGUACCUAUAAUAAAAUUAUAUAUUAUAUUAUAUUUUGAUUUUCGACAGCGGUUAGGUCAAGUGUACAUAUAAUAUAACGUGACGAACUUGAUACGACCACAUGUCUAUAUACAUAUGUUUCUAAUAUGACAUGAUUUGUCAGUUGUUACGGAGUAUCAAUAUUAAAUUGAGUUACUCAUUGUAUUGACUCAUUUUCACAACAAUGUAAUAUAAAAGUACUGGAAGUCUAUCACACACCCCUGUAAAUAUUUACAAUAUCAUAUAAUAUACUAAGUGUACUAUUAGGACUAAUCAUAAAACUCAAAUACGAUACUUCCUGUUUAUAGUAUAUUAGUAUCGAUGCUCAUCGCUAUGGUCCCUCACAUAAUUAUAAUUAUUGUAAAAUUGUAUAUUUCUUGUAAAAACUGUAUUGUUGUAUAAAAGAUGUUUCCUUAUGUAGAACUAUGCCCAUCCUAUAAAGUUGUAAUAGUAGUAAUAUUGUAAAAAUAUUAAAUGUUAUAUAUUAUGUAUUAAAAAAAUUUAUAAGAAUUAAUAAUAUUUUUUUUUUUUUUUUUUAAAGAGUAUAAUUACGUAUUUAUUGUAGUAGGUAUUACGUAUGUUGGUGUAAUUAAUGCGACACGUCCGAUGUUUACCAAUCAAGUAUUAAAAUAUAACGUUUUGCAUAAUGCAAUUAAUAUUUUUUAUGUAAAUUAUAGCUUUUAACGAAACAUAAUAUAUUUAUACUUACUGUAA